AUGGGCCUGAACGAUCUUUUGGCGGCUGAAAUUGAAAAAAAGAGAAAACGUCUUGAUGAUGAGACAGACGCGGUGAAGCUGAAGCCAAAAGAGCUCUUAAAGCGCCAGGAGGUGCCACAACAGGUGAAGGAACAGCAUUAUACGGGUACUGAGGGCCGCUUAGAGGGCCUAAAACCUUCAAAGCCCGCUGAAGAUGCGUUAUUACUCGUAAACCGUUUAAAAACGCGUCCGGAACGUAUUGAUGCGAUCAUCGCGCAAGAAUCCCAGGUCAAGACCCAGAUCACCGUCGAAACUAUCCAAGAGGAACAAACUGACUUGCUCUCGAUUCAGUGUAAUUUAUUCAUACACACAGUUCUACGUUCUUGGACCACAGACAAUUACAAACCCGACCUGAUCCUUGACACCAAACGCGCAUUGUACCCACUUUUACUCAAGCUACGACGGAAAACACUCCCCACCCAGCUACUCAUCUCACUAUCGACUAUCCUGUUCCAUAUGCAAAGAUCCGAAUUCUCACUUGCCACCCAAUCCUACAUGGAGCUAAGUAUUGGUAACGUUGCCUGGCCUAUUGGAGUGGUCUCAGUCGGCAUACACGCCAGAAGAGCUCAUGAACGUAUACAGGGUAAAGACAAAGUUGCGAACGUAAUGCUGGACGACACAACGCGAUUAUGGAUCACGAGUGUCAAGCGAUUGAUCACGUAUUGGGCUGAUCGGGAUAGGAGAUCUCGAAGUACGGAAUCUUUAAUUAUAUCACAUUGA